AUGGAAUACAAUUCACAAUAUAAAGCAAAAUAUAGAACCAAAUAUAAAGAUUAUCAAAUUUUACAAGAUGAUACCUUUUUGAUGGAAAUAAAAGAGCAAAAGAAUACUUCAAACAUAAUAAUUCUUUAUGAAACUGUUACAAAUACAAUUAAACAUCAACCUGGAACAAUCACAUCUGAUGCUCUUAAAAAACUUCUUAAUUAUCUCAAUACUGAACUUAAGAACUAUUCCUAUCAUUUACUUAUUGAAUUAUAUAUGGCACUUAAUCAAAUCCUUGAAGCUGUUGAAAAAAAUAGACUUAAAGAUUGGGGUAUUCCACUAUUAGUUCUAGCUAGUAUACCAUCAAAUCAAAAAGAAACUAAAACUGAUACAUUUCUUAAAAAUGAUACAUUUUUUACAAGAAAUUUUCCAAUUGAGAUGAGAAUGUUUAAUAAUGAUCAACCUUUAAUUAGUGAAACUGAUGUUUUUCACUGUAUUAAGAAAG